UUGUAGUCCAGUGCGGCGUGAAUAUUGAAUAGCGUUGCUUGGCAACCAGUUAUUCAGUCAGUUGACUAUCUGUUGGACGGCUUUGCGGUAGUCAGUUACAUUGCUAACGCUGCUAACGCGCCCUGUGUUAGCGGUGGUGAACUAACGAUAUUUAAAUUAAAAAAAAAAACGGGAUUCGAUUGUGUGUGAAGACUUAUGUAAAUUACUUUCACCAUGGCUACAGAAGUAAUAAAUAACGUACCAGAGAAUACAGAAAAAGAGAAAGAAUUAAAAGACGACGCUGCGGCGGAUAAUGGUCAAACAAAAGAAGAAGCUCCGGCUUCUGGAGAAAAGAUAGAAACGAAAGUAGCUGAGGAAAAAAAGGCUGAGCCCACUCCUCCUAAGCCUACCGUGCACAAAGUUAAUUUCGAAAAAGAUGUCGUAUAUUUGUAUCAGUUCCCAAGAACUCCAUUGUUGCCGUCAACUUCGCCGUAUUGCUUGAAAGUUGAAACAUGGCUCCGAUUGGCUGGUAUCAAGUACGAGAACGUCGAUCACAAGGCAAAAUUCCGCUCCAAAAAGGGACAGCUUCCAUUCGUGGAGCUCAACGGCGAAGAGAUAGCCGACAGCACCUUCAUUAUCAAAGAACUCUCUGAGAAAUACAAUAAAGAUUUAGAUGCUGGCCUGACGCCCGAUCAGCGGGUAGUCACGCACGCGAUGAUUUCGAUGAUCGAGAAUCAUCUUUCGUGGGUGAUUUUGUGGUGGCGCGCCAAGUACCCUGACAGUGUUAUCAAAGGAUACCAAGUGAAUCUGCAGAAUGCACUGAACACCCGCCUCCCGAACCCGAUACUCAACUUCUGCUAUAAAUUCACCUCUGGACGCAAGGGGAUGAAGAAGGCGAAGGCUCACGGUAUCGGGGUUCACACCCAGGACGAGAUCAUCGAGUUUGGGAAGAACGAUCUCCGUGUGCUCUCCGACCUUCUGUCUGACAAACCGUUCUUCUUCGGAGAUGAGCCGACACUCCUCGACAUUGUAGCGUUCGCAAAUCUCGCUCAAUUACACUUCAUAGACAAGGAAGUUCAGCACGCGCUGCGCGAUGCCCUAAACGAAUCGUUCCCUAAUUUAGUAGGGCUCGUAUCUCGUAUCAAAGAAAGGGCUUAUCCCGACUGGGAUGAAAUAUGCGCUAUUGAAACUGCCGCUGCAGUUGCUAAGAAGGAAAAAGAGAAUAAGGAAGGAACCGGACCCGCUGAAAAACAGGCGAUCCCUGAUGACGCUGAAAAGGGAAAGGGUGACGAAAAGGAGAAGGAGUUAGAGAAAGAGCCGGAAGAGAAGGAGAAAGAAAAGGAGAAGGAGAAGUAAAUUCGAUUAGAGUAUACGCUCGAUCCCACUACCAUACUUACAUACGUGUUGAUACAUUUAGGAGUCAGACUCGUAAUACAAUCUGUAUAUUGUAAGCGUGUAAAUCCAUUUGUCUUUCCCGUUUUAUCAGUUGGUGACGCAAGCCCGUCUUUAUUGAGCUUUCGUUUGACCGUCAGUCAACAAAUACUAGAAAGCAAGUAAUAUUUGAUAGUGGCAUGAAAUUCGUCUUUAAGGUAGUUUAAAAAAAUAACCAUAAUAUAUGUUGUAUUUUCGUUAUUAAUAUGAAAAAUGGACGAUGUAAGUAAACAAGAUGAGUGAGUAGAAAUAUAUUUUCUGACUGACGGUCUGUAAAUUUUGUCCAAUGAGUUUAGCUUGAUAACUUGAUUGCUUGAUAUGCUAUUGCCCUGUAGUUAUAAUUCGUUGGUGUUAUCUAAAUUUAAUUGUAUUGACGUUUAAAGUUUCUCGUAGUUAUCUAUUGUAAAAUAUAUUAUACGAUGGCGUUGUCCAUAAUUUUUCGGUUUAAAAUUCCGAUCAGAUAAUAAAAAUCCGUUAUAGGUAAGGUGAGACUCACAGGAGUUGAUAAUCAUUUGAAUAAAUGAUUUAGAAUAUUAAUUAAUGAUAAGCAACAUUAAUAUUUUCAUUCAAUCAUUGUAUUGCUAAGUAUGGAAUGUUUAGUGCUUUUACGGUCAUCAUUGAUGUUCGACUGUAAUUAUUCAUCUAGGGAGCGUUUCAUGACUUUCAAAUUAACACAUCAGAUAGGCUACAUGUAUUAACUUAUUUAUGAUAAUAUACUCAAUUCAUAUAAUAUCUAUAGAAACUUCAAAUCGGACAUUAUAUAGUAUAUAUUAAGACUAGUAUAAUUGAUACCAAAAAUUGGCAAACGUUUAUUAGGCAAACUAAAAAGGGAAGAU